AAAAAAGAUUGUAGUUUCAAAGAUUCAUGCUUUGAUAGUCAGUGAGUCACAAACAAUAAAGCUUCCUACUUUUCUGAAGCUUCCCCACGAGCGAAAGAAGACGAGACAACACGUGGCUCACGAGGAGGCUUCCCUCACUUGCACGCACAACCUUUCUCUGCAAUUCCAUGGAGCCUGCGGUGACGGCGACGACUUCCUCUUUCGGUGGGUCUUCUCGACUCGCCGCCUUGGCCCAGCAACUGCGCCUGUACAAGCCGCCGCCUUCUUCUUCGUUCGACGACGCCGAGGAGACGCAGGCAGAUCAGGAGACCGCCGGGAAAGUGGUUUCGCAGGUUGGGUUACAGGAAUCUAUGGCUCCGAUUCUGAAAGACCCUGAGAGGUUCAAACCGAAGAGAGCGGCUGUUUUGAUCUGUAUCUUCGAAGGAGACGAUGGAGAUUUGCGCGUCAUCCUCACUAAGAGGUCUUCUAGAUUGUCUACUCACUCGGGAGAAGUUUCACUGCCAGGUGGUAAAGCGGAGGAGGAUGAUAAAGAUGAUGGGAUGACUGCAACUAGAGAGGCCGAGGAAGAGAUUGGAUUAGACCCUUCGCUUGUUGAUGUUGUCACUUCUCUCGAACCAUUUCUGUCCAAGCAUCUCCUUAGAGUCAUUCCUGUGAUAGGAAUCUUGAGGGACAAAAAAACAUUCAAUCCGACACCAAAUCCUGCGGAAGUGGAAGCUGUGUUUGAUGCACCCUUGGAAAUGUUCCUUAAGGAUGAGAACCGGAGAUCUGAAGAGAGAGAGUGGAUGGGCGAAAAGUAUUUGAUCCACUACUUUGACUACAGAACAGGAGAUAAAGAUUAUAUGAUAUGGGGUUUAACUGCUGGGAUUUUGAUCAGAGCUGCAUCUGUGACUUAUCAAAGACCACCUGCUUUCAUCGAGCAGUGCCCUAAGUUUAAGUACCCUAAAAUGGUAGAAAAACAUACUUGUAUGCCUUAAUGAACAUAAUUUUUCGAAUGAUGUUUUCCUAGAUUGGUCUUCUUCCGCUAGAAAAUCAACUAAAAGACAAUGACACUCCGUACAACUGAUUCUGUACCAGUGAAUCAAGAACUAGGCUACUUGCUUAUAUAUAUUUAUGUAGACGCAGAAGCCAAUGAGGAGAUAAUUGGAGGGGUGUCUGUCUUUCAUGAUCUCGAGAACAGUUGGCUGGUUCUGGUUUUAGGCAAACAUGACCCUCAAUCGUGGAUUUGGUGGAGAACUCAGACUCACCUUCAAACGCUCAUUUUCCAUUAUAGAACGUGUGCUGAAUAUAUUUGUAUCCUGAGCGCAUUUGAAAACAAAUUGGUCUCAUGAACCUUAUGAUAUGAUUUUUAUUAGCUGUAUUAAUAGCCGUUAUUUCAAAUUCACACAUCAGUUACACUGUUAUCUCUGGAAUAGAUUUGUUGUGUUUCAGUGGUUAAUUCAGUUAGGAUUACUUAUUGCCGAGUAGAUUAACCAUUUCUUUGUAUUGAGACCUCUUUUCCUGUUAUUGCAUGCUUUUGGUUUUAUCUGGUUCUCCACUGGCAGUUUAUUUGUCUGUGACUGGCUUCGAUCCAUGCAUGAAUCGGAAGGAUCUACCUAAACAAAUCCCACUAUAGACUUGUUCUAAAGGCAGGAAUUUGCACUGACUACUCAUUCUAAAGGCAGGAACUCGAUCCUUAUCCUAUUCUUGCUGCUCAUUAGUGGAGAAUCCGACAGUGUACAUCACUUACUUAACAGAAUGUUUACGCGCAAGAUGCAUUUUAUGAUGAGGCUGGCAACCUAAUGUUACGCUCAAUCUUGAAAAAAUUGGCAGCUUACAAAAGGUUACGGUCUUCACUAUAUGAAAUUACAGGUUAGAAAGACUUACCUAUUGAUAUUGGACGUGAGACAGCGGUAUGUUUUUAUAUGUUAUUUCUUUGCAUGAUGCACUAAUAAUGAAACUGUAAGGCUGUUUCUGAAAUGAAAGUGAGAGUUGUGGUCUGUAGUUUGAACAAGGUCUGCGAAGAAUCUGUGGUUAAAAAUCAAGGUUAAUUUUCUAAGAAACAUUUUAGCUGGCAUUUAGAUCAUAUGUUUUACAAAAAGUCAAUGGGGGCAUUCCGAAAAUCGAACUCGGGACCUCUCGCACCCAAAGCGAGAAUCAUACCACUAGACCAAAUGCCCUGUUGUUUACUAUUUAAGUUAACAUGUUGAAGAUUUGGUCAUGUAUUGAUCUCGUUCCCUUUGUUGACUUUUACUAAACAAAUAGUUUAGUCUUAGUUGGAUCUAAUCUAUGAGAUCUCUUUUAACUGAAAUGUUUACUUGCUUGUUUUGUUAGUAAUGGAUUUGGGCGAUGCUUCUUAUCUAGUGCUUCCACAAUGCUUAGUGUCAAAAGUCAAAUACAUAUGUUCAUGUUUGAGAACUGAAGCUAGAAUUGUAUUGUUAAUUUGAUUGGUAUGGCGUAUUAAUCAACCCAUACCCUAUACGAAUCCAUAGAUCCCAACUCUAGAGACGGACAUUUAAACUUAUUUUUGUUUUAGCCUCUGUAAAUAGUUCAGUAAAAAGAUAUACACAAGGUAAAAUAAAUGCUAAUUACACUAGCUAAUAAGCCCAUUCUUUAGGAAGAAAGACUUGUUUGGACUGAGAGGAGAUGAUAGGGCAUAGCUUCUUCUUGGGUCUCUUCUUCUCCUCUGAGCUACUCACCGGUCUCGCAGGAAGGAACACUCCAGUGCCACGUGCCUUAUCUCGCCCUCCACUGGCCUCAUCACUUGGCUUCUUUAUGGAACCAUGGUGAUUCAACGCGUACCUCGUCCUUGGCUUCCGAUCAUAAAUAAAAAACCUGUGGGAAUGGAGCGAUGCAAUCAAGAAAGACUUCAUUGAAGAGGUUUGAAGGUAACGCCGACCACUUGUUCGACGAAAUUACUGGACCAGAUUUCUUGGCUCACAGCUAUGUGAAAGAAUCCACCUGAAUAUGUGGGAGUUUGGAGAAAUUCGCAGUAAAAACCGAGACUCAGUGGCAAGAGUUGUCUCUUGGAGAAAUUGGCAGGAUUCAGCUAGCGAUGUUAAGCGAUUAAUCCACUAUCCAGAAAGUGUUCUUGGUGCACAUGUGAGUCAACGGACGUGAAAGCUAAGGAAAUUUAUGCGCCUACGUUUUUCUCUUGAGGAGAUUCCUGAUGUAGCUGGCAGUGAAAUUUAUGCGCCUACGUUUUUCUCUUGAGGAGAUUCCUGAUGUAGCUGGCAGUCUCAUUUACUGUGAAUUAGGCAGCUUGCAGAACGAGUUGGUCUCCCUAUUACUGGGUCAAAUGAUUUACUAAUUCGACCUGACACUGAGCUCAAUCUUGAUGAAUCUGGCAGCUCCUAAAUUGUGACGUUUACUGGUUAAAAAGACUUGUAGAUUGGACGCAAAACAGAAGUUAGAUGUUUUUGGUUGAAGGGAUUAAAGUCAUUGGAUGUGGUGUUCCACCAGUUCGCUUAGUUAGAUUUCAGCACUUAAUCUCGGAAAUCAUUACAAUAUACAAGAGUUCAAAGAACUGAAGCAGGAGAUCUAAACGCAAUGAUAUAUAACUUUCAGUAAACGUGAACGGGAGAAACAGCCUAAUGACUCUAAGAGCAGCUCUUACUUGUGGGGCCCUGGAGUUGUAAGCAGCAGCAACGUUAUGUGAGCGCAUGGCAUAGAAAAAAAUUCAGGGUAGCUUCAUAGUAUUGCAUGGAAAGAUGAUAAAGGAGCUUAUGUGGUGGCUUCGUCUAAUGACAAGACUUUGAAAAUUGUAUGUAGAAAUAUGGCAUAGUCUUCUUUUUGGGGAGCCCUUUGGAGAAGUCAGAGAUUGUGUUCAACGACAUCGUGAUGGAAACAAGAAUCAAUCCUCUUCAAAUGAAGGCUUGUAACAAUGAAUCAAAAUUUGAGUUACUCAAGAUUCUGUUUUGAGUAUAACUAAUUAAGUCUUUGCUA